AUGACGGAAAACUCGAGCGUCUUUGGCCUUCGACACCAGGCGAGAUGCUUGACACCAGUAACCAGUAGCACCGAGCAAAGUAAGUUUCUGGCAGGCACAGUCGGUGCAAAAGACAACGUGGUGUGUCUACUGGAAUAUGACGACGAUGAUACCAUGAUUACACCUACCAUGUAUAAUCACCCUGAAGAAGUGUGGGAUAUUGUCUCUUGCCCAACAGACCAAGAUUUGCUGUUCACAUGCCAUAGCCCUGUCUCUGGAAAUCCACUCAACAGGAAAGCAACAUUGUGGAGAAAACCAGCAAUGACAAAGGAUGACGGCGGCAGAGAUCAUCGCCACAACCUCACUUCAUUAGUGACAUUAGAGCAAGAGGGCAUCAAAAAAGUGCUAUGGGAUCCAAAAGAACAGAGCCAGCAAAUCAUCUCAAUAGACGCCAACAAAAUAUACCUCGCAUCAAUACACAAUGGCGAAUGUCAGACCUCGCUCACCAUGGAUGUGUCUCCCACAUUCUCAACAGACACCAAUUCACCCUCACUACGACAACUUCAAAAUGCUGUUUGGAACCCACACCAACCCGAGAUCAUCACUGUAGGCGAUCGCACAUUAUCAGGGUGGGAUUUGAGGUCGGGCAAGAGCAGUUUUAGUAGAGCUGAUACACACAAGAGCACUAUUCGAGCCGUGGACUAUAAUCCCAAUAAGCCCUAUUGCGUGGUGACAGGCGGUGAUGAUGCCAUGGUGAAUAUCUGGGAUGUCAGACAAUUGUCGCAACCGAUGAUGGUAGUGGAGGGACAUUCGCAUUGGGUGUGGUCUGUGGCAUUCAAUCAUUUGCAAGAUCAAUUGCUACUGACGUCGGGUUCUGAUACGUUGGUCAAUUUACACAAUGUGGUGUCCGUGUCGUCGGCUUCCUACUUGGAUAGCUCGAGUGAGGAUGAGGAUGAGGAUGCACAGAGAGACGAUAGAAGCACUGAGAAGCCCACAGACGGCUUGAUUUGCACAUACGAUCAGCAUGAAGAUAGCGUUUACAAAGUAGCAUGGAGCCCAGCAGAUACGUGGACCUUUGCCUCGAUAUCGUAUGCCGGAAGAGUGGUCAUUAGCCAAGUACCUACGAAUGAGAAAUUCAAGAUUUUGGGUGUGUAA